UAGUAUCUCAUUCCAAUUCGCAUGAUUCACAGAUGUUGAAUACUAAAUUUUACUAGACAAGGACUGAGAAAUCUGAUGAUGAGAACUAAGAUGUAGUUCAAUAUAUACUUCGAUGCAUAUGCCAUUUCUUGGUUCUUUCUCAACCUAUACAUCAACUUCAAUGACACAGCAAUGGGAACUUCCAUAAAAAGGCAAUCCAGUCAUAAGGGUAUUAUAUUCUUCCAUUUUCAAUUCCGUUCACUCUAUCUUGAAUCAUUUAAUUUGAUGCAGCAGCUACGUGCUUGGACAAUGGCAUGUGAUGAAUGGAGCAAUUUGGCUGGCCAACGAAACAAUUCUUUUUUAUUCAAACAAAAGUAAAUCACAGAAUAUUUGUGGAGGGAAAGGAAGAGAUAAUAGGAUCAGCUUUUACUUGUUAGGCAAACCCAUGUGGAAGGGUCUACUCAAAUACCAACCACCAGACUCCAAUACCCCACUUAGAAACUGGAUAAGCACCACUGACCUGCAUAGCUCUUUCUUCAUAACUCUAUAAAUAUAAACAUAAUACGCGGCUCAAACACCAAAUUCAACCGUGACUUCCUCUUCUAGUUGGUUUUAUACUACUCCAAUCAAAACUUCAGAUCUUUCUCUAUCUUUCAUCUCAAACAAAUGGGGAUUCGAUUGCUAUCUUUAGUUCCUCAUGCCAAGCAAAUCUUGAAGAUGCAGCCAGGUUUUAGCAAAAACCAGCUGGAUGUUCCAAAAGGCCAUGUGGCAGUUUAUGUGGGAGAGAUUCAAAGGAAGCGGUUUGUGGUUCCGAUAUCUUACUUAAACCAACCAUCGUUCCAGCAACUACUCAGGCACGCAGAGGAGGAAUUUGGCUUCCAUCAUCCACAAGGGGGCCUGACAAUUCCUUGCAAAGAAGAUGCCUUCAUCGAACUCACUUCUAGAUUGCAAGCAUUUUGAAGAAUGAGAAGUCAAGAGCAGUCGGCCAUUUUUUUUACUAUUUUUUCUCCAUUCCCUUGCUUAUUGACUAGCAAGCAAGAGAAUGUAUUAGAAUAGAGCGCCCUCCUACUUGUAUAUGAGUGCCAUUGCAAAGGAAAAUUUACUAACAAAACUUAAUUAUACAAGAAGUUUAUACAGAAACAAUCAGCA